CCGUCCCCCUCUCUUUCUUUCCUUCUUCCUCGUGCCGGCUCCGGCUCCGGCUCCAGCUUGCGCGGCGACCUAUAAAUAGCGGCGGCCGCGAGCUCUCUUCUUCCCCACACGCACCCAGCGCAGCGCAACACAAUUUGGACGCCGAGGAAGGAGGAAGCACGAGCAGCAUAUGUCACAGAGGGCCAGCGUCCCACACUCCUCCUCCAUAGCCUUCGCCCUCCAUUCGCACCUCCUCGUCUCCAGUGAGAUGUGCCCCAGCUCCUAUUGGCAAUAGCCCUCUUUCUUUCUUUCUUUCUUUCUUUCUUUCUUUCUUUCUUUCCUGUCCCAAAAGAUUGCUCCUUUCUGAGAGCUUUCUUGCAAUUUUGGCCUUCGUUUUGGUUUUGAUUCCGUCCGUCCUGAGAGGAGGAGCAAAUGGGGUUCAAGGGAUUCGUCGAGGGUGGCAUCGCGUCCAUUGUGGCCGGGUGCUCCACGCACCCGCUCGAUUUGAUUAAGGUGAGGAUGCAGCUGCAGGGGGAGGCGGCGGUGGCCGCGCCGCCACAGGCGGCGCUGCGUCCGGCCCUGGCGUUCCAUGCUGGGCAAACUGUGUCGAUCCCGCAAGAUGUGAUUGCGCCGCCGAGGAAGCCCGGGCCGAUAGCCGUCGGCGCGCAGAUCCUGCGCGCGGAGGGCGCGGCGGGGCUCUUCUCCGGGGUGUCGGCCACCAUGCUGCGGCAGACGCUCUACUCCACCACGCGGAUGGGGCUGUACGACAUACUGAAGAAGAAGUGGACCCAGGAGAACGGCGGCGUGCUGCCGCUGCACCGCAAGAUCGCCGCCGGGCUCAUCGCCGGCGGGGUCGGCGCGGCCGUGGGGAACCCGGCCGACGUGGCCAUGGUGCGGAUGCAGGCCGACGGGAGGCUCCCCGUCGCCGAGCGCCGCAACUACCGCAGCGUCGGGGACGCCAUCGGCCGGAUGGCGCGCGACGAGGGCGUCCGCAGCCUGUGGCGCGGCUCGUCGCUGACGGUGAACCGCGCCAUGAUCGUCACGGCGUCGCAGCUGGCCACGUACGACCAGGCCAAGGAGGCCAUCCUGGCGCGCCGCGGCCCCGCCGCCGACGGCCUGGGCACGCACGUCGCGGCCAGCUUCGCCGCGGGCCUGGUCGCCGCGGCGGCGUCCAACCCCGUGGACGUGGUGAAGACGAGGGUGAUGAACAUGAAGGUGGCGCCCGGCGCGCCCCCGCCCUACUCCGGCGCCAUCGACUGCGCGCUCAAGACGGUGCGCUCGGAGGGCGUCAUGGCGCUGUACAAGGGGUUCAUCCCCACCGUGUCGCGCCAGGGCCCCUUCACCGUCGUCCUCUUCGUCACGCUCGAGCAGGUGCGCAAGGUCUUCAAGGGCGUCGAGUUCUAAGCCCAUCCGCCACCAUGAUGAUGACGAAUAAGAAUCACCUCUAGUAUUUUACCUCUGCUGCUACUGCUGAUGAUGAUAUGAAUCGUGUACCUUCUGUUCCUGCAUUCGAACGAAUUUGGAUGGAUUCGAUCAAAUUUCAAUGGAAUGUGAUGCAUUUUUAAAUA